AUGGUGACGCACACAUCGAGCAACAUCAACCAGGCACAGGUGCUGGAUCUGGUCGCCGUUCGUUUCGACCGGAUCGGCAGGCUUGUGGCCAGGGUUGCGCUCCAGAGCCUUGAUGUCGAGCUCGUCGCCGUCAACGACCCCUUCAUCACCACCGACUACAUGUGGAAGCACCAUGAAGUUAAGGUGAAGGACUCCAAGACCCUUCUCAUCGGUGAGAAGGAGGUUGCUAUGUUUGGCUGCAGUGGGAACCCUGAGGAGAUCCCAUGGGCUGCUGCUGGUGCUGAGUACGUUGUUGAGUCCACCGGUGUUUUCACUGACAAGGACAAGGUUGCAGCUCACAUUAAGGGUGGUGCCAAGAAGGUCAUCAUUUCUGCUCCCAGCAAGGAUGCUCCCAUGUUUGUCUGUAGUGUCAAUGAGAAGGAAUACAAAUCUGACAUCGACAUUUUAUCCAACGCUAGCUGCACCACUAACUGCCUUGCUCCUCUUGCUAAGGUUAUCAAUGACAGGUUUGGCAUCGUUGAGGGUUUGAUGACCACAGUUCAUGCCAUGACUGCAACCCGGAAGACUAUUGAUGGUCCUUCCAGCAAGUACUUGAGAGGUGGAAGGGCUGCCAGCUUCAACAUCAUUCCGAGCAGCACUUGUGCUGCAAAGGCUAUUUUGUUUGAUUUGAUGGAGGGUUAUGAAGGGAGCCAGUUCAAGAGAUCAUGUGCAAAAUAGAUAGAUCCAGAAAUUUUCAUACCUAAAGGAUGGUGCCUUCCUGGUGCUCCUUGCUUACAGAAGGGGGCAUGGGUCAGAAGGGGGGCGUGGAACUGCUGCAGCCCAUCUGAGACAGAGCAGACUCCAGCGAAUUUGGCCAGCCAGGAUCACAAAAAAUAUAAGCAGUGUUUAUUAGCUAGCUGGAAUUAAAGGCAACGGCGAGAGAGGAAGAUCAAGGACAACUUCAAAAAUAAAGAAUAUAUGCAAGAUUUAGUGCGCUCAAUAUUUGUGUUUCUACUAGCCCGAGCAAGAUGAUCUUUUAAAAUUUGCUCAGGAGACAUAGGGUGUAGAAUGAUUUUCUUUCCUUUAUGUAUGAGAGUGUACUGAUUAGUUCUACCAUCAUGUAAACAUUGUUAUCAUAUUGCAUGGCCUUCCUAGUAACAUAGAACAAGCUUGCAUAUGCACAAUAUCGCAAUCAAUAGUGUCAUGGUAUGAACCUAAAGAAAAAGGAACUCUCACCAUGCGUGUUACCUUUA